AUGGGACCCUUUAUACCAUCAAAGGGGAACAAGUACAUUCUUGUUGCAGUCAAUUACAUGUUGAAGUGGGUGGAAGCCAUUGCACUCCCCAACAAUGAUGCUAGUUUGGUAGUGAGAUUUCUGAAGAAGAAUAUUUUCAUGAGGUUUGGGACCCUGAGGGCCAUCAUCAGUGAUCAAGUGAAACACAAGUUAACGAUUGCUUAUCAUCCUCAAACAAGUGGUCAAGUGGAGGUGUCCAAUCGAGAGAUCAAGAGAAUCCUAGAGAAGACUGUGAGCGUUAGCAGGAAAUAUUGGUCGCUAAAGCUUGAUGAUGCUUUGUGGGCGUACAAAACAACCUACAAGACUCCCAUUGGCACCUCUCCAUACAAGCUAGUUUUCGAUAAGACGUGUCAUCUACCGGUUGAACUUGAGCAUAGAGCCUAUUGGGAAAUAAAGAAGUUGAACUUAGACUUGGUACAAGCUGGAUUAGGGAAGGAGCGGGAACACAAAGCAAGUGAAAAAAGUCAAAAAAAUGCUCCAGGACCAACACUUGAUGUCCAGAGUUCUGAAACUCGACACAUCCGCGAUGGACCCGUGAAGCUGGGCCAACACCUGAUGGGGAUUUUUCUAAGACUAAAAACUCCUGCAAUGGACCCGUAA